CUCCCUAUCAUUUAUUCUCGAUGCAUCCCAGGCUUCACCACUCGUGGGUUAAUUUUUCUUGGAGGAUAGCAACUUGCCAAAACAUCAUCCACUCGCAAUGGCAUCCCUAGGGAGGUUAGCUUUACGGCCACAGUGCACUUCAUGUACGCGUCGGAUUACGCAGCUGGGCUUGGAUGCCUGGAGACCCCAGCAGCAGGUGCGCAAUGUCUCGAAGGCUGUGAAAGAGGCAGAGCGGAACAUCGUGGUCAAGCUAUUGAAGGACAUCAACAGAUUUGGACCUGCAGGAUCAUAUGUGCCCGUUAAUAGAUCGAUGAUGAGGAACCGCUGGUUCCCCAGCCGAACAGCUGACUAUGUCCCAUUUACUCAAUUGAAACAAUUGAAGGCGGAAGGAGUGUCCCUGGUGCGAGAUACAGAAUUUGGAUUGUACCGCGCACCGGUCGAAGAUGAGGACGCAUCUGGAAACGUCCAGGCAAAGCCCUACGUCCGGCCUGUAGAGAUCGACGUCCUUUCGCCCGAAAGAGCCAUGGAAUUGCUCACUACCUUCGCUCCUCCCACCAUUGACUUCACCCGACAACCGAUCGAUCAAGACCAGGUCCUGUCGAAACCCCGAUACGGAGCCACCGGCGCGGCAGACAUCCUCACGGCCGCUGCCAUGUCGAAUAAGCCAAAGACACCUGCGAAUGGAAUCUAUGGGUCGGUUUCGACGGCAGAUGUUGUAGCAUCCAUCAGGGCAGCGCUCUCGCACAAUGACGAAGCCGCUCGCGUGAUCAUAACGGAGAAUGAUAUUCGAUUCAUUGAAGGACAUGCGGAAGGGGACGAAUCACGAGUGAAGCAGCUUGGUAAAUUCAAAGUGGAAAUUACGGUUCCUGGAGCUGAGGCGCCUAUAAUAAGGAGCAUCAGGAUCCGGGCAAAGGAAUGAGAGUGUCAUGAUGUUUUGAUGUUCCGGGAUGAAGAAACAUGAUGACGAUGAUGCAUGGGAAGAGUGAAUCUAUAUCCACAAAAGGGUUGAGAUGGAUGAUGGCAUUGAAUUUGGGGGUGUUGUGUAGAAAUGACCAAGACCAAGACCUCGGACUAGUUCCCGCCGCAAUUGCUGUAACAGAUACUGUAAAUAAGAAGAGAUGUACCUAUAUGCCGACGAAUUGCGGUAACUACCUCGGA